AUGUCAUCUUCUACCAAAUCUAUAUUCAAAAGCAUCGUCUCCCGGGAAAGUCAGAAAGAUGUCGCCAUUCUUCCCAACACGGCCUGUAUCCUGAUCACCAGAAGUGAACCGCGACUCCGACAUACAAUUCUCUUAGAAGCUAGUGCGCCAACAGAUACAGUGGUCAACCUGCCCAUUUGGUCUUCAACAGAAAUCGAACUUUUAGCUCCCCAAAGUGCAGGAGGACUACGAUCACGGUUUCGAUUCAGAUCCCUGCUCCCCCGUCCGCAAGCCCUCGUCAACAUGUGCGAAUACACACGCAACUACUACGUCUACUCGAACUGUACGGACCCAGCCAUGCACUUCACUAGAACCUCGACGGAAGGGAAUGCAAAGAAGAAAUGCGCCAAAGCACCUCACGAGCGUUUCAUUGUGGUCUCGGGACCUCCAGGGUCGCAAUCACCACCAUUCAGGAAAGAGGGUGCCGGCGACGUCGAGGCCUAG